AUGUCGUCCGGUGAUGACGGAUCGGUUGACAUUGGGCGCAGUGCACCCAGUACUCGCGAAGCAGCGUUAUCGAGAUCCCAGCCGUUGCCGAUCGGUCCUAGCCGCUCAACAACUCCACCACCCCGAGCCCAAAGUGCAUUCCCACUCGGCCACCCAACCACCCCUACAAACCCCUCGGCUAUGGAUGUCGACCCGACUCCCCGUGCCGGAGCCAUGACUACACCUCCGCGUCGACCUCUCACAUCCGCACCGGGCUCUUCCGCCGUCGUUCGUCCCUUGACCCCCGGUUUCCGUCCCUUUCAUCCCGAAUCGACACCUCUCCAUCCUAGCCCCGCCAACGAUAACAAACCCAUCCUCGUCGCAUCGACUGCACCUACAACCCCAACUCGACCUACCUCCAUCUCGAGCCCCAUGGAAUGCAUCACGAUCGAAUCCUCCCCUCUCGGCCCGAGUCCGUCCCAACAAGCCCCUUUCCCAACCCCUCCUCCCGCCUCUGGCUUCAGCAACAACCAAUCCUUCAUCCCUUUGAGCGGUAACAUCUCCACACCAACUUCAACCGUCGUUUCCCCCGGAACCGUUCGAACAAAAGAACAAAUCGAAGCUCAAAGGCUCGCUGCUCAACGACGACAAGCCGAAGUCGCUGAAAGGAAGGCUCGGGAACAGGCGGAGAAACAACAUCGGGAAUUGGCGCAAAAGUCACUCGCCGAAUGGGGGCAUCGGAUCAGUCCAAGGAGGGGGCAGAUGAAGAUUGAGACGUCGGCCAACAGCUUCAUUUCUGACUUUGCGGAGAAGGAGAAGGAGACGGUGUGGAGGGAUAAUCCGAUGUGUUCGGACGAGCAGUUGGACGUGUUGAACAAGGUUCGGGAAGGGAGGAACGUCUUUUUCACUGGCUCGGCUGGUGUGGGAAAGUCGUUCUUGUUGCACGAGUGAGUCGAUAACACCGAGCUUCCAGUCGGAUCCUGCUGAUGACUGGCGGGUGAUAUUGGCUGCAGGAUUCGUCGACUGAUCAAGUUUCAAAAACGUGAAUACGCCAUCACCGCACCCACCGGAAUCGCGGCCUUACAAAUCGGAGGAGCCACGAUCCAAUCCUGGGCCGGAAUAGGGAUUGGGAAAGAGAACGUAAUGACCUUGUAUGACAAGUUGGGGAAGGGGAAGAGGAAGCUAUGGAAGGAAACGCAUGUGCUCAUCAUUGAUGAGAUAUCCAUGGUCGAUCCCGAGUUGUUUACGAAAUUGGAUCUGUUGGGCAAGUUGUUGAGGACCGAUAAGAGGCCUUUUGGGGGUUUUCAGAUGAUUGUGUCGGGCGAUUUCUUUCAGUCAGUUCUAUUCUAGGUGAACGAUGGGGAAUGAGGUGAUGCUGACCUCGCUCGCGUAUCGCAGACUACCCCCUGUUCCCGAUUCGCACCCUCAGUGCAUGCGAUGUGGUAGGUUCAUCGCCCACCCUCAACCUCAUCCUCACCACUCACACCUCUCCCACUCCCACUCACAGGCGAAGCAAAUUUCAUCACCAUCCCUCUGACGGAGUCCCACCUGCCUUACGAAGAAGCGCCUAAAGGUGUCCCGGCUUACGAAGUCCGUAAAUGCGUCGAUGGGAAACGGAAUGGAAAGGUUGUCAAGGGGUGUCAUUUGGAAACGAGGGUGCGCAAGUUCACGUUCGAGACCGACGCUUGGGCCGAAUGUGAUUUUCAUGUGAUGGAAUUGACCAAGGUGAGUUAGCUUGCCGUGCCGUGCCGUGCCGUAAACGAGUGGCUGAUUCAUCGGGGUGGUGGGUUGAUAGGUUUUCCGACAAAGUGAUAUGGAGUUCAUUCGCGUGUUGGAGAUGUUCAGAAGGGGGAAAUGUGAUGAUGAGGCGAUCAAGUUGAUCAAGUCGUGUGGGUACGGUCUCGACCCUGCCGCUGCGACGGGGAAUAUCAAAGUAGGGCAUGACCGAUCGGUGGAACUAUGCGAUUAUUUGUUCGAAGGCUGACUCAAGUUUUACACGUAUGAUUUGACAGCCUACAAACCUCUACGCGACCAAGAAAGACGUAGCUAACGAGAACAAGACCAAUUUCGAAAAACUCGGCGGGCCCAUCAUUGAUUACGUCGCCAAUGAUGAGCAGUGGGGAGAGGGAGCGGGGAUAUAUAUGAAGAGAGUCAGUACAACAAAAGCAGUGUUGUGUCGAUCGGAUCAUGCUGACCUUGGUUUUCCUGUUUCCGAUGAUUAGUUGAACGACUGUCCAGCCCCGGAUAAGCUCAGGUUGCGCGUGGGCGCUCAGGUCAUGCUCAUUACCAAUCUGAGCGUUAGCAGUGAGUUCUCACCCCACCCCCAGCGACGAUCGAACAUAUGGAGCCGGAUCUGAAACUCGUUCCCCAAACCUCUGGAUCCCUCAGCCGGACUUGUCAACGGAUCGCGCGGCGUCGUCGUCGAUUUCCUCGACCUCACCCACCCACCCCUGAACGACCCCGACGACCGAGCAGCUCCUCAAGGUCCUGUCAGCCAACGUGACGAAUGGCGUAAGAACGCCGCGAUGGCUUGGGGAGAAAACCAAGCACAUACGAAGUACCCAGUGGUGUACUUCAUUUCGGGGGAGAAACGUGAGUUCUUUCUGGUGCUUUUGAGAUGAGAUGGGCGUCAAGCUAACCGACGUCACCUUGGGGGGAAACUCUUAGGUGUACUGGGUCCUCAUACGUGGACGAUUGAUAUCGACAAAUCCAACUCGAUUUCGAGGUCACAGAUCCCUUUGGCGUUGGCGUGGGCUUUGACGAUGUGAGUCGUUCGGAGCCGGACUGUGCGACGAGCAUGGGCGGCUGACUCGCGGGUGAGAAUUGCGCAGUCAUAAAUCUCAGGGACAGACAUUGGAUGCGGUCACCGUGAGGUUGGACAAGACGUUCGAGAAAGGACAGUGAGUUGUUUUCACUCGUCUUCCCAGUGACUCUGGUACGCUUGCUCAUUCUUUCUUCGUCAUAUAGGGCUUACGUCGCUCUUUCCCGAUGCCGGACCAUCUCGGGGAUGAAGGUCGAUGGCUUUGACCCUCGCAAAAUCAUGGCGCAUCCGACCGUCUUGGCAUUCUACGAUCGGAUAGCUCAGGGCAAACCAUUGCAAGUAGAACCUCUGUUUUUGUUGCUGUGUUCGACGGCCCGCUCCCAUCUAAACAGAACCGAUCCGAACUCCACAGUUUCACCUCCAUUCCCCCACUCCUAAACCCGCUCUACUACGUCCCCGACGACUGUCCCCUAACCUGGCAACUACUCCACAUAUUCGGUCGUCCUUCUGACCCAUUGCCUCAAGGAUCGGCGGUCCUGGCACCGGGUCAAAGACCCCCUUCGGAAGCGGUAGCUCACACUACGACAACAACGAAUGCUUCCCCUUCAACGUCGACCUCUGGAGUGAAUUGCGCGACAGGCUUGUCGGCGUCGAGUUCGUUGAUCGAACUCAAGCCCGCUUUCAUCCCCGUUACGAGGUCCCUCACUUCCACUACUUCAACCACGUCCUCGACCCCUUCUGCAACGUUGACUUCUUCGACAGAUUGGGAACAACACCUGCGCGAAGCCAUUGAUGCCCAUCUCACGACCACCCCGACCUCGGACGACGGAUCACAAGGACCAUCAAGUCGUCAGAGCUUCUUGGAUCGAGCGAAGGAGCUCUAUGACGAAUCGAGGUUGUUGAGGAAGAGGGGAAGGGAAGGGUCUGUCGCUUCCAUCUCUUCCGCGAGUGGUGGAGAGGCGGAUGAGGUGAAAGUGGAGGGGGAGGAGGAAGCGAGACUUAAGCCAAGGUCCAAGAGGAAGAGGCCUCAUAGGGCUGGUAGGUGA